AUGAUAAGAUAUGUCAAUAACGACCAGCUAUUGAUUCACUGUUUUCAAGAUAGCUUGACUAGAGCUGCGGCCAGGUGGUAUAACCAGCUAAAUCGUGCCCAAAUUAGCUCGUGGAAGGACCUGGCACAGGCCUUCAUGAAACAGUAUAGCCACGUGACAAACAUGACGCCUGAUAGAAUCAUAUUACAAAAUAUGGAGAAAAAGCCAAAUGAAAGCUUCAGGCAAUACGCCCAAAGGUGGAGGGAAGUCGCAAUACAAGUCCAACCGCCACUGCUAGAAAAAGAAACGACCAUGCUCUUCAUCAAUACUCUGAAGGAACCUUUUAUUAAUCACAUACUAGAAAGCGCGACUAAGAGUUUCUCAGAUAUAGUGAUGAUUGGUGAGAUGAUAGAGAAUGCGAUAAGAUGUAGAAAGAUAGAGAUUGGUGAAAGCACCAAAAGGUCGACCCCAAGGAAAAGAGAAAAUGACGUGAAUAAUGUAACCACGUAUAACAAGAGUUAUUUGAAGCCAGUUACUGUGAGCCAAAUGAGAACGAUAACCCCUGGUCAUUAG